AUGCGUUUCUCCAUGAUCUCUGUCCUCUCCCUCGUCGGUGCCGGCGUGGUUGCCGCCACUCCCAUGGAAGGAUCUCUCUCUUCCAACGUGAUGCGCCGCGCAAACACGAGAACGAGUCUGAGACUUCGGAGUGUGUUGGCCCACUGCUUUGCUGUGGUACCCCUCACCACUCCCUUGGAUCACAUCGUGGAUCCCAUCCUGGAGGACCUAGGCAUUGAUGCCGCCAACAUCGUUGGUUCCAUUGGUCUGCUUUGCGACCCCUACGAGGCUUCCGUCUGCACCACCGAACCCCAGUGCUGCACUGAGGCUAACCUUUUGGGUGGUACCGUGGCUCUUGGUUGCGCCGCUCUCAAGAAGUAA